AUGCUGUUGUACACCAAAAGGGCACUGCCCAAGAUUCCUAAGAAGCGCUCGCGAGGAGGUUGUGAAUUUUGUUUGCUCGAACUUUCCGACGUCGCCCCCGGCGCCGUCGCUCGCUGGGCGCCAAUCCAUCGCCACGCUGCCGGCGCCUUUUACACCACGCCGCACCUGGAGCUCAACAUGCCGCUCUUCUCCGAGUUUACGACCAUUCAGGGGCGACGGGGCCUGCUGGACCACUUUGCGCACGUGCUGUCGCACCUCAUCGUUCUGCGCGAGGACGAUGGGGGUAGCAACCCGUUUCAGCGUCUUGUGCUGCCCAUGGCGCGGCGCAGCCCCGCGGUGGCGAGCGCCGUGUACGCGCUGUCGAGCGCGCACCUCGAGUUUCGCGGCGUCGCGGCCGUCGAGCAUAGUAGCAUAGAGUUCCACUCCGAAGCCGCGCGCAACCUGGCCGCGCUGAUUGAGCGGGGGGGAGAGGGGAACCAGAAUGAGCUGCUGGCGGCUGUCAUGUUGUUGAUCUACUACGAGGUGGCGUUUCGGUUCUACGAUGUCAUCGCGGCACUCUCUUUUCGAAGAGCAACUCUCUCCCCUGCACCCGCGCCUGGGAGCAUCGACGGUUUUCUUCCCGUCGACAGCCUCGGCACGCCGCAACCCGUUGGCAGCGCCGACGCUCUCCUCGGCAUGGCGACGUCGCUGUGGCCGGUGAUGCACCAGCUCUCAAACCUCGGCGCGCUCAAAGACCAAGUCCUCGCGGCCGAAUACAGCGGGCAGACCACCACAGCCGCGCCGCUGCGCGCCGAGCUGGAGGCGACAGCCUCGGCCAUUGAAGGCUCGCUCCUAGCCUGGGAGCCGGAGCCGUCGAGCAGCAGCAGUAGCAGCCCAGCGCUGGUCGGACUCUUGCACAACGCGCGGGCGUACCGCCACUCGUCGCUGGUGCACCUACACCGGAGCAUUUACGGAGCGCGGCGGGAGCACCCUAUGGUACAGACACACGCGCAGGCAAGCCUGCGCUCGUGCGUCGGGACCGUGGAGAGCGGCGGGCCGAUGGGCGCGCUGCUGUGGCCGCUUUUUGUGGCGUCCUGCGAGGCUCAGACAGCCGCGGACCGGGCGUUGGCGGCACGCGCGUUUGAGGGUAUUGAUAGGAACCAGGGCAUGGCGAAUAUCGCGCAGUCGUGGCGCAUCGUGCGCGAGGUCUGGCGGCGCGCGGACGAGGCGCAUGAAGGCGAGGACGGCAUGGCAGCGCUGGGGACUGGCCUGCGGCAUAGCCGACUAGAGGAUAUGAGGGGUGUGGAUUUUGCGCAAGAGGACCUGUGGCGGCAGGUGUGUCGAGAUAUGGGCUUGUCUGUGGUGUUUGGAUGA